AGAGCGUGCCACAAAACAGAGCAUGCAAAGAAAGGGCGCUGCCUCGCCGACUAAAAGCACGCUGCCCCACCCGCCGGCGCCCCACGAUGCUCCGCCUGCUGCUCGCCCUCGCGCUCGCUGCCCCGGCCGCGGGCCAGGCGCCCAAGUCCACCGCGACGAAAGACUGCCAGUCGACGGUGGUCACCAGCCCCGCGGGCGACAAUGGCUGCAACUACGGCGCCUGCAAGUCCCUCACGGGCGGUACCCUUACCUGCGCGUAUGAUAGUUCGUUUUGCGGCAGCACCGAGGACUGGCUCACCGCCCAAGAUGUCAUCGACGCGGGAGAAGAAUGUACGUGCGAGCACAUCCUAAAUUACCCCAACAACAUCGGUACGUGCUCGUCGUCCGGCGUCUACAGUCCCAUGGCAUUAGCCAGCGAUUGCAGCGGCGGCACCGCGGUCUGCGAGGCCGAACCCGGCGGCCACUACAUGAUGGGCGACAUUCAGAGUGGCGUGAAGCAGUUCACUUCCUGCGACCUGAAGUGUGAUGCCUCAAAGGACCACAGGUACGACGUGCCCACCGACACCUACCAAGACUGCGAGUUCUACCAGGCGCAGUGGGCAACGCUCGGGCAGGCGCCGACGGGCCGCAUGUACCCGCGGCGCAUGGUCAUGAUGGACGACAUGGCCGUCGUCGGGGGCUAUGUCAAGUCGACAUCAAUGGAGAGUGACUAUGAGGAAAAUAUGAAAGAUAGGAAUGGGUACGACUUUGAAAUUCGCGGGCCGUUCUCGCGGUCCGACCCUGACGCGUCGGAGGGCACGUCCGUCCACGAGGACCUCAAGGCCUACAGCCCCCCCGGGCGCAGCUGGGACGAGUACGAAAUGGGUUUUGUCAAGGUCGACACGACCACGGGCGUGCCCCAGGACAUCAUCCACUUCGGUGGCCAUGGUGAGGAUGGUCUCUGGGGCAUCCACGCAAACUCUGACAACACGAAGAUUGUGGCUUCGGGGUAUUUCAUCGGAAAUCUAACCCUAGAUGGGCUACCGACAAUAUACACCGUUAAUGGUGGUAUGAACAACGCCGCAGGAUUAGGUAUGGACGGCUGGGUGGCAACAUUCGACGCCAAUCUGGUGCCAGGCUGGUUAACUCGCUGGCCUGAGUCGGGGGUCGGGUCAACGGAUAGCUCGCGCUGCAUGGACGUUGACUUUGACUCUUCUGAUCAUAUCUACGGUGUCGGCUACCAGUGCAGCACGGACUCGUGCGUCGGGGUCAUGUCAAAGAUGGCAGCGGCGGACGGCUCACAGGUGUGGGAGAAGGUUUUCACCGACGCGCAGCACUUCGAGCGCGUUUCCACCUCGAACGACGACUCGGAUGAUUUCUUCGUCCGGGGCAAGCUCUUUACCACAACCGGCGAGCCCACGGCGGAGAACCCGACGCCCUUUGGCGUGGCUUGCGCGGCGGAUGACUGUGGUGUCAUCGCGCGUAUGUCCAGCGAUGGCGCUGUCAUCUGGGCUCGGACGAUCGAGGGCGCCGACUGGAGCAUGAGAUACUUUUCGGGUGAGAUUGAACUCGACGCCACCGGCGCACCCUACAUCUACGUGGCUAUGAAGGACGCAGCGCAAACUGGCGUCGUCUCCCUGGACUCGGGCACGCCCUACGCCGGCUGCAAGGACGACACGACCGGCGUGGUGAUGCCGGCCUACGAAGUCAGCACGGCCAAGAUGGUGACCGCCUCGGACUGCCCGUCGGGCUCGACGUUCGUCGACACCGACUCCGCCGACGCCGUCUGGGCUGCCUCGGCGAACACGGGCGUGCAUUGCGCGCGCCACUCAGAUGACGGUUGCGUGAUGAAGUACCACGCGUACACCGGCCUGCCGAUCUGGGCGUCGACGUUCGGGGGUCUUGAUGCCAUCGUCACGAUGGCGGACGGCAGCUUACACGCCAUCGGAGAUGGCCGUGGGGUGCAGUUCGACUCGGUCUAUACGCCGGAUACGACCACCUCCUGGACCUGGCACGCGGAGCUCGACGCCACGACGGGCAAGGGCAAGUCUGUCAAGGCAUUUGGCAGCGCGACCGGGUCCGGUUCUACCGUCUGCUACGACGCUGCCUCAACGCCUGGCGGCGACCUGAUCAUCGCCGGUUACUCGGCGGCGACAUCUAUUUAUUUUGACGAGAGCUUCACGUUAACUUACCCCGAGGAGAACCAAGAGACACAAUUCAUGCUAAUGAAAGUGGAAACGUCCGGCACCAAAGCUACGCCGUCGUGCAUCUCCACGUGCACGAACGACAGGUCGACGACGGUCAUCGAGGCCGGCUUCUGCUAUAUCGAUGGUCUCUGCUACGCUGACGGGGUCACCGGCGAAUCUCUCGGCCGCAGCUGCAAGGUCUGCGACCCCUCUAAGUCGCAGACGUCGUGGAGCGACGGUCCCACCCUCGGUGUCACAGAGUGCUUUAUUGACGGCAAUUGCGUGCAGGCCGCUGAAUUUGAUUACUUUACUGAUCGGGGGGGACGGGCGACGGGAUGUGUAUAUUGCGAUGUAUACUCAGAAUGCCGUGCCUGCGACCCUGCCCAGUCGAUUACGGAAUGGACGGUUAACGAUGGCUACACGGCUACCGGUGAAGCAAUGCCGAACGACUGCCUAGCAGAUGACACGACGACGGACACGACUGACUCGGGCGACUCGCCGGACAGGACGACGGCUGCGAGCGGCGGCACGCUCUCGGAGUCGGACGGCGCGCAGGCGCUUGUUGCCGGCGCUCUGGCCCCGCUCGCCGCGCUCCUUCUCUAAGUUGGCGGACCGCGACAUCGACAUCGAAAUCGACACAUCGUACCCCUCCCGAAGUUCCCCGCGAUCGACGUCCGACCAAGCCAAGUCAAGUCCCAGGACGUUGAGCCGCCUCAGGCCCCCGCCAACUCCCACCGCUCUGGUCUCCGCCGAAGACCACCAAGUAAGGAGCACCCCUGGUGCUGUCGCGUUUAGACCACGCCUCUCGAGCCGCUGACACGUCUAGGUAGCGCCG